UAUUUGCAUUAUAAUUAUUGUAUGGUCAUGAUUUGAGUAUGACCAGGUUGAAAUAUUACUUCUCCAACAAACAACAACAACAACUUAACAUAGAGAUAGAGAAAGAGAAAGAGAAAGAGGAUGAUGAGUAUGAGUAGUAGUAGUCAUCAGUAUUUGAUUCCAAACUGGAACAUGAAACAACAACAACAACAAAGACAAGAACAAGAACAAGAAACACUCCAAUUAGAAGAGGGUAUUACUAUUACCAAAUCUUCUCAAGCUUCUCCCACCACUCAUCUUGUUCCCAUGGCCAAUAAUUAUGAUGAGAUUGCAGAGCUGACAUGGGAAAAUGGGCAGAUAUCAAUGCAUGGGCUCAGUGGGCUUGAUCCAACUUCACAAAAAAAGCCCACAUGGGUUAAUAGGGCCCAUGAUACAUUAGAGUCCAUUGUUCAACAAGCCACAUGCAACAAUAAAAAGUCAAAGUUGACCAUGAAAGACAACCAUGCUUAUGUUGAUGUUCCUACCACAACAAGCUCCAUUGUUGCAUCCUCAGGGGAACAUCAUCAAAUGGUGCCAACACUUUCAAGGAAAAGAUCACAUUCUUCUUAUUCCGAUCAACAACAACAUCGGAGAGAUGUUAAUUAUGUUAGCAUCAAUAAUACUAAGAAGAUGUUAUUAGAAGACCAUAAUACUAAUAAUAGAAAAUGUGGUGUUGCUACUGCUAGUGUCACAUUUUGUAGGGACAACAAUGACGUCACAACCAUGAUGACGUGGCCUUCUCUUGACUCUGGUCCAAGAAGCUUCAAAAAUGAUAAGAUUCUUGAGGAGGAUUCUGCUUGUCAAAGUGGAUCGGAAGUUCGGAAUAAUGAAAAUGAUAGAGAUGGUGGGAAAGGUGAAACAGGGCAGAGCAAAUCAUCAUCAGUUGUAAGGAGAAAUAGAACUGCUGCCGUCCAUAACCAAUCAGAACGGAGAAGAAGAGAUAGAAUUAAUCAGAAGAUGAAAGCAUUGCAGCGGUUAGUGCCUAAUGCAAAUAAGACAGACAAAGCUUCAAUGUUGGAUGAGGUGAUUAAGUACUUGAAACAACUUCAAGCACAAAUAGAAAUGAUGAUGAGUGUGAGCAUGCCACAGAUGAUAAUGCAACAACAACUUCAAAUGUCUAUGCUAGCAAGAUCAAUGGCAAACAAUGCUCCAAAUCCAAUUAGGCCAUUGUUUCCACAACUCAUCCAACCAACAACAACAAUUGGAGCUGCUAACACUGCCUCUGCUCCAAUGUUUCUUGCACCUUCCUUGAUGAUGCCUUCAAACACCAAUGCUUCAAUCCCUCUGCCUUCUGCUUCAUAUGGGACUCCUACUUUUGCACAACCACUUAAUAUGGAUAUGUUGAACAACAUGGUAGCAUUUUACAGCCAACAGAUGAAUCAUCAUCAGAACAAUCAAAUCAAACCAUGAGCAAAGCAACUCAGAACACAGAAGAGAAUUGUAAAAACAUGUUAAUAAUGUGAAAAAGAUUAAGAAGUGGACAUAAAUAAAUGACCAAUGUAUGUUUAUUUUGAUUUAAUAACUUUCCUAUAUAUCUUUAUUCUCCAAAUUAAAAAUUCUCAUCAUUUAAAAUAA